GCUCUCGCCUGAGGCAAAUUAGUGAAACAAGCUUCAUUACACCUCUGCAAGUCUCACUUCACACUCGGGGGACGCUGUCGCUUUAAAGCGCCAAAGGAGGCGUGUAGGCACGUCGAGACGGUGACCGUGUGCGUCUCGUGUCUUACGAAUGACUGCCGCUGUUUCAGGUUGUGUGACAUUGUGGCCGGCCAGGACACCUUAGCACCAAAGUGACUUACGUUUUGUGAGUGAUCGGGGCACACGGAGAGACGGGACUCUGACUGUGCACUGGUCGCUAGUUUUUGGGGUUGUUGUGUUUUUUACGCGUGGCGCACUGCUCUGCUUCACGAGGUUACCGAACAGUUUGCACACUCUCGUGCCCCAGCUCAGUGGAUUGAUCAGCUUCUCACAUCAGAAGAGCUUCUUGGAUGUACGUGCUUUGCUUCACACUUCAAAGUGUCGAACUCGGGGAUCACAGGUGAAGCCGCCCGCGCAUGAUGUACACAAUUACAAGAGGUCCCAGCAAACUGGUCACGCAGCGACGCACAGGGCCCACACAGCAGCUGGACAGCAAAAUCAGUGACUUCAAGCACAAACAAACGUCCUGGAAUAUGCCUGGACUUCCCGCUCCAAAGAUCGUUUUCAACCGUCCGAAUGGUAAGAAAUACCAUCACCCUGCUCCAGCUCUGCCCGCACACAAUCAUCACGAAGAGAGUUUCACGCUGUCACAUGAAGAAAAUGUCAAGUUUGUCUCUGAGGCCUGGCAGGAGGUGCUACAGCAGGAGGUGGGCCAGGCUGCACAGAAAGCAGUGCAUUAUAAAGAGGCCACUCCCAGCCCACACAUGGACGACUUUGUGCCCAUAGAUUUGGAUGAAUGGUGGGCCCAACGCUUCUUGGAAAACAUAGAUAAGCUCUCCUGACGCUCCUCUGGGAUUCGAUGCUCUUGGACAGUCUGGAGGUGAGAC